UAAAAACGUCAUCGAUGAAUAUAUGACGUAAUCUUGUUUGACGUUUUGGAAGUUUGUAGCAAAUGACUUUCACCAUGGUCUUUUUGGUUUAUGACUGUGGAUGAAAUCAAACAGGGAUUGUUCUCCUCUGAGGUUAGUCACCAUGGAAACUAGAACAUGAGUGAGUGGAGAGGAAGUCUUUCGGCCGGUGACUUCUCUAGCCCCAGGAGACGUCCUCCCCGGACUCCGCAGGAUGGAGAAGGCAGCAGCAACACCACCACAACCACAACGGCCAGCCAGAGUGAACACAAUAACAACAGACAUCUGAUUCUGUGCGACCUUGUGACGAAGCUUCCCGAGAGCACCGCGACCAUGCUGUCGCGCACCCCAGCCAUUCUGUGCGGCGACCACGAGAUGGCGUCGUGGCGCGACCUCAAGGAGAUCUUCUUCCCGCGGUGCUCGGGCAGGGACUGCACAAUCGUGGAGAAUGCGCUCAAGCUGAAGCUGCAGUACCCGCGCAACUCGGCCGACAUCCGCGUCUGCUCGUCCAAGGAGCAGAUGGAGUUCCUCAAGGAUCUGCUCCACCUGGUGGCGCCCGGCUCGCUGCUCGUCAACCUGGUGACGUUCUCCCGACACCUCCCGGCACUCGCCGUCAUGGUCGCAACCAAGCACCACGUGUCGCAGGAUGUCCGCAGUCUCGAGUGCAUGUACGCACACAGUGAUGCUGUCAGACAGACUAAUUCCAGACAUUACCCUCCGGCUCCAGCUCAGAAACCAUUCACCGUGACCUUGAUUCACUUCCCCGUGCUCAAACUGCCCAACGUGUCCCUCAGUCCCGAGGAAGGCGGCACCGAAAUGACAUUCUCAAGAAACUGUAUGAGUGGCGAGCCCAGCGUCGAGUCCCUGGAGACGAACUGUGUUCCGAUGCGAGCUCUCCUCAUGGCGAGACCGGGUGGCCGACACAGGACAGCGAGGCUGCCGCAGCACUUUGUACCACUGCGGUACAUUCUCGGGAUGUACCCGGGUCUCCUACUCGAGCUUAUGAAGAUAUGCGCCGACUUCCUGUGUCAGUUUCCCACCCAGGUGGCACUCAGGCGGUGCACGGUGGAGGAGGCACAGGAGUUGUCCUCAGAUCAGACAUCGGAAAUGUACCUGACUUCAAGCGACCUCCUAGUUCAGUGGACCGAUCCAUUUUACCUCUUGUCGUGUCUCCAGAACCGAAACUUGAGGCCGAUUCAGGAGGAGAGGACUGGAGAGGACGCGGUCAGUAAGGACCGGUCAAAUACGCGCCUGACGUCCAGUGAGAGUUUCUACGAAUCUCGGGGAGACUCGCACUCAGACUGUUCGGAUUCUCACUACGACGCCGACAUCGAAGAAACUGUCGACCAAUCAAACUCUGACGAACGGCUCUCCGUCGUAUACAAUCCAUUCAAAAUGAACAUCACAAAAAAACAGUUUCAGUGGGGAUCCGAAAAGACGACGAACAGCAACAGAAAUGUCGGCCAUAAAGAUUCCAAGACUUCAUUAAGUGACCAGGAUGAGGAUGCCGAUUUUGACCCGGAACUGUUGUUCGCGGCAACGAACGGCAACACCAUGGGUGAACAGGAGGUCGGUAAAUGGGAAUUGGAUCUGACGAAGGAGGAUUAUUUGUCGAAUGACGGCUUCGAACUGGAGAUUCUUAACUCCUUCCCGCCGGCGGAGAAGCGGGUGUAUGACCCGGCCAUGAUUGCCAUUCAGCUGAUGCUGGAGGAAGAAAAGCUGAGCAGACAGAACAGACAGGGUCUGGUUGAAAAAAAUGCCAGACGGGUGACGGAAGGAGAUGACGAUGCAGAAACUGUGUCAGUGCACGGAAUGCCUCAUGGUGAAGAUGCAGUGGAUGCCGAUGUCGGAUUUCGUGAAGGACAAAAUAAAACAAACUCUGGAGACGUCAGCCCUGCAGAAGCAUCCACUGCUGUUACAGACCGCCAUAUUAAUGGGUCUAGCCAGAUAACAAAGGCUGACAUUCAUCACACAAGAAGCUCGUCUUCGAUGGCAGAAAACCAGGUCGGUUUUGAUCAAAUGGAAAAAAAGUUAUCUUUAGAAAAAAGGUUGCCUUUGAAGAAAAAAUCUUCCUUCAUGGAGGAAACGUCUGAAAGGAAUGCAUUUAACGUGACAAAGGACAAGCCUAAGGCAUCACAUACAUUUGAAAUCCAGGCGUUAGUGCAUAGGAAUCCAUCACUAGGAGACAUGUUCACUAAGGAAGGGACAGAAUUAUCACCAGGAAGGGAGACUGAUGACCCAAACCGGAGGUGCCAGCUAUCAACUGCCAGAUCCUCCAGGAGUGAGAACAUCCAGUUUUCUCCACAUGAAGACACAAGUGUAGAGGGUCUCCCAGGCUUCACACACAAGACACUCUCGUCUCCUUUCACCGAAUCGGUUGCCACAAGCAGAAACCACUCUCCGUUUGACGGCAGAUUAUCGGCAUCUGAAAACUCAUCUCCCGCACAUUCCGUAUCCCUCCAUGAUAAUGGUCAGCCUUCCCCGUCCUGUAGCAGGUCCACUCCAGAUGUGGCAAAGCUGACGCCAGUUAAUAGAUCUGCCAGGAGAGGUGUGAGGAAAUCCAGAGGAUCGUGGUACAUGGAUUCCGACGUCCCCAGACUGUACAAGGUGCUGACGGCCUCUGAGGUGGCACGGCGAUCGGCCGAGUUGGUGGCGGUGGAGCUGUCCAGAAGGAGCAGUGGCCUUGAGACAGACAGUGACACCAACCUGUUCAGCUGUACUCAGAAGACCAGGAGGAGAAAGUCCUCCACCAUGCAGUCCACGGGAAGUCCAAGUCCAGAUCUGUUACCAGGUCUAGGGAAGUCCUCUGCUUCUCCUAGAAAUGCAGGGAGAAGGAGGAGUUUGUUCAUGGGCACGAUGUCGAUGUGUGAAGAUUUCUGGGACGAUAGGAUGAGUACACGGAACAUGAUGAAGAAACCUGGUAGAAAGUCUUGGCCGUCUCGCUCUGUUUCAAAGACACCUCCAUUUGACAAGGAUGUUCCGCUGUCAGAGUUAAAGCAGAGAACAAAACAGACUGGUAAGAGGAAGUCUUUGCCUUCAUUCAUGUCUGCUUCGGAACCUCUCCAGUUAGAACUGACUGCCCCAUUCUAUGAUGAUGACACUUGUCCUUUCAACACUCCAGACCAGACAGGACGAAAAUCUAUAUCAUCAGUAAGGACAUCUUCGAGGUUAUCGCCGUCCAAACAAACUGUGUAUUUCCCAAAGAUUGAGUCAAAUCAACAGCAGAUUUCAAGCAAGACUGGUAGGAAGUCAGUUAGGUCAAGUUCAAGAUUACCCGAGUCCUCCAGAACCAAGCCAUCAAUUGAUUCUAACUCGAGGCUGUAUCAAACUUCAAAACGGACUGGUAGAAAGUCUGUGACAGCCACAGCCACCUCGACAGUAUGCCACUUUCAAAGGACCACACAGCUCUCCGGUGUGGAGACAAGCCCACCAGAAACUCCCAAAGAAACUGGUGGAAAGCCUGUUCAGACAAUUAACACUUCAAAAUUAUCUGAGUGUAGAGGAAUCACGCCAUUUCCUGUCAUUGAAUUAAGUCCGCUAAGAGAGACUGGUGGAAUUCGGACUACUUCAGAAUUAUCAGCGUCUAAAAGAAGCUUGCAGUUCUCUAGAGCUGAGAUGAAUCUGCCUCAUACUUCAUCACAGUCUAGCAGAAGUACCGUAGUCCACAGUCCACAGUCCAGGGCCCCACAGUCUCCAACACAAGCUGGUAAAAAGUCCACUUCAUUUGAGUCUCAAAGCAUGCCAUACUCCAACCAUCGAAGAAGACCGAAAGAAGGGAUUGAUAAACAAACAAAAGAAAAAACUUGUAGCAAGUCUGUUCAAAAUUUCACUUCGAACUCACUGCAAUCUGGAAUAACCAAGCCAGUCCCAGAUUCUGAGUCAGGUCCACAAAAUCCUGCAACACGGAUGGAUAUAAGAUCUGUGAUCACCACUAAAUUAUGCCAGUCCAAAAGUGUGGAAAACACUCCAGGAAAAGCUUGUGGAAAGUCUAAUUCAUCAGCUGCUAAUGCAGAAGCAUCUCCUAAAAUAAUGUAUCUGCCCACUGAUGUCGAUUCAUUUUCAACUCCAGAUCUAAACAUGACACCAUCUCCUGUAGGUGAGAAUCACGGUAAGUCUGAAGAAAUUAACAGUCCUCCUAACUCAAAACAAACUGAAAGACAAACACGAUCCUCUCAUGAUAAAUGUCCACUACAAGUUCCGAAGACCAUACAGCCCACUCCAAAAGAGACUGGAAAAAAUUCUAGUUCUCUAUCAAAGUCAUUCCAGUCUAAAGACAAAAUGUCAUUUCUUGAAAUGAUUUUAGAUUCAGAAUUCACAAUGGAUAAAACACAGCAGCCAUCAACUUCUCACCCAGCUGAAGUAUCUGGUAAUACUUCAAGAUCAUCAAUGUCAAAAGAGAAUGUGUUGGCUGACAGUGUGGGACAGACUUUGCCACUUGAUUGUCCAUCAACUCAUCCUGAAGCGGUGCAGCCAUUGGAUAGAGAGGCAGAACAGAUGGAUCAUGCUACGGAAAUCUUCCACUUGUUGCUUCACAAUGAGAUCCAGUUUGCUGUCGAGAUAGAGAUGCAGAAUGCCCUCAAUGAGAAGAUGAACACUAUCUAUGGCAGACGGAACCAGGAUAACAAUACCAUUGUAUCAUGCAGUCGUUCGAAGUACAGUAAUAUCCUGAAACAUAUAGUGGACAAGACCUUUGAUAAACCUGUUGGUGGCAAUUUGCAGAAGAAUUCAUCCAGACGUGGUGAUGGUAAAGAGAGCAGGAAAGGUGAGAUGUCGGAAAAAAGAGUCGUUACUCCUCUUAGAAUUCGUAAAGCACAGCCAAAUGAUCACUCUCCAAAAUCCAUCAAGUGGACUGUUGAGAAGAUGCCAAAAGGCCCAGAUGGUAAAAAAUUUACCAAGAAACACAAAAAGAAUCUAUCUUUGAAAGGAAAAUCAAACGUAAAAGCUGGAUGUAGCAAAAAAGGGAAAAAGGGUGGCAGUCAAAGUCGAACAAAAGUCUGUGACCAGUCAGAAAUUUCAAGCCACACCCGUCACAGAAAACCUGGAACCAUUAAGAUAGACAGUUCAGAGAGGUCAAGCUCUGAUUUGGAUAGCGUGGAUUUUAAACGAGAUAACUGCAGUCCACCUGUUGGGCGUACCAGAGGAUCGAGCAAGAUGUUGGACAACAAAUCUGUGGGAAAGGGUACAAAUUCCCUUGGUCCACAUUCUAAAAGAACCCACGAUGUUCAGAAAUGGCAGAAUAACUAUGGUUCAAGUUCCCGUCGGUCACAAAUUAAGGAUGCCAAACCAUGCAGACGAGGACAGAAAACAAAUGAUUCGAGGUGCAGCUGGUCAAAGAAAGAGCAGAAAGUGGUUGACACACAUUCCAGUUCCUCAAAACCUGAAAGUUUGAAACCAAAAAUAGGAUACCAAGGUUAUAAUGAUUCAGCUUCCACGCGUCUGCAAAGUGACAGUGCCCACAACAUGCUAACAAGUAGCUUCAAGAAUUACAGGCAGGCAGACGACACCCAACUGAAUGAGCAAGCCAGCUGUCUGCAGUCGAAUCAUGUAAACAAUAAAGGUACCACAGAGACGACACGAGGUCAGAAGGCUAGUAUAAUACAGCCCGGACAUGAUUUCAGCAAAUAUUUUACAAGCGAUUCCAAAAGUAUAUCUCAGACAUGUUCCAGUGACGGCAGUCUGGUUGGUGGUGAUAGAAGAAAGGUGUUUUCUGAAGAGAUGCUAAACGAAAUGGUCUCCACCAACCCUUUCUCACAGAGUGUCGAGUCGCUCAAGUCCUUGAACAACUGUUGUGUGAUUAAACAGUUAGCAUGUGACACCGGACAAGUCACAAGACAGUCGAACACUGGACAAAUUACAGGGCAGAUACCACGUGACACUGGACAAGUUACGGGACAGAUACCACGUGACACUGAAAGUGUUACAGGGCAAUUACUACGUGACACUGGACAAAUUACAGGACAGAUACCACAUGACACUGGACAAAUUACAGGACAGGUACCACAUGAUACUGGACAAGUUAUAGGACAGAUACCAUGUGAAACUGAACAAACUACAGCUCAGAUAGUAUGUGACACUGGACAAGCUACAGCUCAGAUACCAUGUGAAACUGAACAAACUACAGCUCAGAUAGCACAUGACACUGGACAAGCUACAGCUCAGAUAGCACGUGACACUAGACAAGUUACAGGACAGAUACCAUGUGAUACUGGACAAGUUACAGGACACGUACCAUGUGAAACUGAACAAGUUACAGAACAUAUAGCACGUGACACUGGACAAACUACAGCUCAGAUAGCACGUGAUACUGGACAAACUACAGCUCAGAUAGCAUGUGAUACUGGACAAACUACAGCUCAGAUAGCACGUGACACUGGACAAACUACAGCUCAGAUAGCAUGUGACACUCAACAGGUUACCAGACAUAGACCAUAUGACCCUAUAUGUGAUACAAAACAGUUAAAAAUUACAGUACAGUUACCACUUGAAAAUGAACAAGUCGCAGAUCGCUCAGAAUAUGAAAGUGAUCAAGUUGCAAGCCAGAUAAAUUGUGAACGUGAACAAGUUACAGCUCAACUAACAGGUGAUAGUGAACAAGUUACAGCUCAACUAACAUGUGAUAGUGAACAAGUUGUAACAGGGGUGAAAAGUGAACGUGAACGCGUUGGAAAACGGUCAUCAACGAAAAGUGAACAACAAAACAGGCGCUAUCCAGGGGAAAUAGAUAUUGUUUGUCAGCUUCUCUCAACAGCCAUACCAGACAAGAAAAAAAAUGCUUCCCCUCCAUGUUCUAGAAGCGGUACCAGACAAUCUGCCCCACAUACCAUAACCAGCCAGAUGGCAGCACCUGCAGAAGCUUCAACUCCACCUAAUGUAACAAUGAACGCUCGUGUGAGGUGUGGCAUUGGUUUACCACCAGCAAGAUAUCCUCCUCCAGUGGUAGACAACAGGGCUGCGAUGGCCCACCACAUGGGUGGUAACACGUGCUACGCAAUGACCGUCCAGUCUGCCUCCAAUAUCUUCUUCUCCUCUCCUCAGGGUCUUGGGGGUCACUUCAUGAAUACCGGGGCACCUGGUGGGUUCUGUGGACCUCGCCUGCAAGGUCCUUUUGGCAGAGAUAUGCAUAGCGCUCCAAUUUCCUUUCCGCCUCCAAUGCCUUUUGGGGAUAGUGCGCAGUGCUUCUUGGAGCCACCUGUGUUUGGUGGAUGGUAUUUGUCAAGCGGGUACCCACCACCCAACAGAUUACAUCGGAGUCCUGACGAUGGCACAGGUUUCACAUCGUACAGGCCAUUCGGUGGGUACCAGAAUUCCCAACAGUUCAGAAAGACAUUCAACGACACGGGUCCCUAUCUGUUCCCUCUCCCACACAAGCAGAAUCCACUUUUAAGUGUUGUGUCAGAAUAUUCGAUACCCAUUGUGAAUGCGGUACCAAAAACGGAUGACCCUCGGACACAGCAGAAAGAUUCUUAUACAGCUAAUGCACAUCAGUUUACUGGUGAACAGAAUCAUGCACAGACUGUUCGACGGAAAAUGUUUGGUGAUAGUUCUAGAAGAGUUCAUAACCGGGGGUUAAAUCAAAGUAACAACAUCGUCAAUAGCUCAACUUGCAAGAGCAAAAGAGCUUCCAGGACUGAUACAGAUAUGUUAGGGUGUCCCUCCGACUGUCAAAAUAGGACUCACUUCACUAAUGAUGCCAGUGGGCUGAAGACCAUCAACUCGAAAAAAUCAGUGACUUUCACACAAGCAUGCAAGGCAUGUGGUAGAGGUUCAUUUAUUCAUAAUAGAAGGGAAUGCCAAGGCGCUAGGACUUGUGAAGUUUCCAAAAACAAAUCUAAUGCAGGCCAAAUCCAUAGGGUAUCUUCUGAAAAGGCUGCCAGUGCAUGUAAAACUGUGCCUAAUGCAUGUGGAAAAGCUGAUGCCAACAACAAUAGCAUAUCGGAAGAUCCUUCAGACACCGAGAGUCAUCAGAGGGUGGAUAACAUAUCGAGUAGGAGUUGCCUCGGUAAUGAGGCUGAAGAUGCAGAGAGUGUGUAUCCCAUUCAUGGAUCACCGAUGAAGAACAAACCUAUCGAGACGAACAUCCUUGAGAGAGAAACUCACCAGAUAGAUGACAGUCGGACAAAGGCGACAGUGGGUAAGUUGCCAUGUAUGUGUAGAGCUACAGUGAGCUGCGAGCCCGGACAGGAGGAGCCUUUGAAGCAGCAGUUGAAAAUGAAAUUCUUUCUGUCAUCUAAGCACUGUCCGGUCCAUUCAGAUGACAAACCCAGGCCCUGUCAGCAAGAGAUGAUCAACCAAGGUGAGAGUCCUCCACUGCCAAGGCAACAGCAGCAGCAGCAGCAUGUAACAGUUAAUUGCCUUGGUGAAGGAGGGAAGACCCUCACAAAGCGAAGAUUCAGGAGUGUCAAGGACAGGAUUCUGGAGAGUGUGAAGCAUCUUCAAGGGAUGGAUUCGGUGGAUCAUUCAAGCGGUCCACUGAUGGAUGUUGCACAAGUGUUUGGUUCCAGGGUUCAGCUCUGUUCCAGAGAUUCAUCAAAGGAUGGCCAUCUCAGUGCAGAUUCUUGCAGCAGCGGUAAUCCAGAACCUGUGUCUUCUAUAGCAGCAGUAAAGCUUGAGAAAACAAAGCAGAGGAAACGGUCAAAGAGGCCAGCCAAAUCACGAAGGAAUCAGGCCGAGUGUCAGAGAAAGAUGCUUCAAGGAGCAGAAUGUUUGGCUCUUGUGGCAGAAUCUAGACGUGAUGAGCAGGACAUCUUCCUCGAAAUGAUUGCCGGGACACGACCUUGCAACGGUCAAGGACACAUUGAUGAACAUGACCUCAGAAUAGGUGAUGCCGAUGUAGGAACACAACCCAGUAAUAGUCUAGGACAAGCUGAUGAGAAUGAACAUGGGGUAGGUGAUUCAGAUGAAAGAAAGUCCAUUGGAACUGGAAUCACGUCUGAAGAAUGCAGAAUGGAGGCUAAAGAGAGAACGGAAGAUCCUAAAACCAAUAACCGAGAAACGACAGGGAUCGGUGGAGCCUGUACCAAUGAACGUGUAACAUCAGCAAAAACAGAGUUGAGUGGCAGACGGCAUGAUUCAGAAACAGAUGACUGUGUCUUGUUGAAGACAGUGACCACUGCAGGCAGUGGAGGAUGUACAGACAGUGAUGUGCGAGGCUCUGAAAGGACAGAUGUUGGAAGCAUCAGUCAAAUUAGGUAUCGACCUAUUGCAUCCGAAAAUGAAUGUGAUCUGAGUGUGCGUGGUCUCGCCUUGUACAAGGAGUUUGUAUUCCCCUACAUUGUGGAGAACGGAUUCAAGUACAUCACUCUGAAAGAUGCACUCAAGCUGUUUGAGCUCUGUUGUCCGGAGUGCAGCAUCUCACGAAGUCUUCUGCGUAAGGAUCCAGGUCUUGGCAGGACUCUGUGCAACUGGGAUCAGGUGUGUCUAUUUGAUGCGAUCGGGAUGAACACCGAGCAGCCGAUGUCCACGGGGGACCUUCUGCUACGUUUCGAUCGACUCAUACAAGAAUUGCCGCGACUGGAGAAGGUUGCACGUGAUAGACACAGAGGAACAAAGCUGAAGAAAAGCCAGAACUGUCGAUACUCGUAAACUAACGUGGGUUUUUUCAGCUUUCAGUGAUCCAAUUAAGGAUCAAGCACGCUAUUCUGGACACACAGGUCAACCGUUUGGCUUGUCUGUGCAGGUCAGAGGUAAAUGGUUCAGCACUUGCAAUUCAGAAAAUUGAAGCAGUAAAAACAAAUUCUGCAGCAAAAGUAGUUUGCCUCAGCUAAAAUAUAUUUUGCCUCAGCAUUUGUAUUUUAAAUGCCUAUCCUAUUUAGUAACGAGCAUCAGUUAAGCGAUUUUACUUUAAGUGUUAUUUCAGCAUUGCUGAAUACCAACACAAAUUGCUAGGGCUGGUGGUUAGCAGGAUAGAAGUCAAUAUAGGUCGUCUUACACUAAAUCUGGGUCUUAUAGUGUGAGGUGCACUGUGAAAAAGAACUGCAAUUCUGCAAUGUAACGAUGUUUAUUUGUCCAAAUGUUAAUAAUAUUACCCCAUUUUCUUAGAAAAUUUGGUAAAACAUGUCCAUCGAAAAUGGACAUGGAAUAGGAAGGCAGGUUUAUGGGGAUGGGGCAGAUAACUCUGUAUGUAUAGGGAUCGUCUAGUGGUUUUUCCUCCCGACAGAGUAUACAGUAUAGGGAACAUAGCAUUGUAGUUGUGUUACAACAACGUAAGUUGAAUAACACAUUAGCACAGUGUAUAUACUUUUUAUUAAUUGAUAUCCAGAUGAUUCCAAUUGAAUGGGAGUUGCUUUGGCCUCAGAAUCUGGAAUCCAACUUUUAGUCUGGAGUCCAGAAUAUAAACUUGUAUUAGCAUGAGCUCUAAGAGUUCUGACAUAUUUGGGGUGGUUUUGGGAUGGAGCACCACUUGUUCGAAUAACCACAAAUUGCAUGACAGACUGUCGAAUAUCUCGGUGGACCCAUUCUCACCGUGUUUUUCCCAUCCCAACCAGUUCACCACUCACUGUUAUAUCGAAUACUGUGGUAUGUAAUGUCCUAUCACUACAAGACGUACAAGUAGGCGGCUCUGGUGUUCCAUGAAUACGUUUCUAGUUAUUGUUGUAUUUACUUGUUCAUGCUGUCAAAUAGUUACCAAUUUAUAUUUUUGUUAUAGUAUAUGAUUGAAACAAUGAAAUUGUUACCAUUGUUACUGAAUGUUGGUUUUUAGUUUAUUAUUGACAAUGUGCUGAGGUGUCUUACAAAGAUGUUUGUCUAACAAUUUGACAAACGUGUGUCUGUGAUAGAUAAAACAUUUUACAAAUACCAUAUUGUUUAUAUCUGUGAUCCUAAAUGAGUCUGUUAAUGUGCGUAUGUGUAAAA